AUGCCGCAUUAUGCCAAGUUUUUAAAGGACAUCCUUAUGAACAAGAGAAGCUGGGAUGAGAAUGCAGUUUCAUUUACUGAAAAUUGCAGCUCAAUUAGCUUGAGCAAAUUACCAACGAAGCUCGAUGAUCCAGGGAGUUUUACUAUUCCUUGUACUAUUGGUGAUUUGCAAACUACUAAUUGUCUUUGUGAUUUGGAUUCUAGUAUAAAUUUAAUGCCUCUAUCUUUGUUUAGGAAACUACUUGGUGAUCAAAAAGUUAAGACCACCCCAAUGAUGUUGCAGUUGGCUGACCAUUCGGUCAAGAAGCCAUAUGGGAUCGUGGAAAAUGUUUUAGUUAAGGUCGACAAAUUCAUAUUCCCAACGGAUUUUGUCGUCCUUGACAAUGAAAUUGACAAAGAAUACCCAUUGAUCCUUGGACGCCCAUUCGUGAACACAAGCAGAGCACUUAUUGAUGUGAAUGUAGGCAAGUUGACUAUGUGA